GCUGAGGCGGGGAGGUCCUGCCCCUGUGGCCGGAGGAGGAGGGACCUAACGGGGAAGGAGGGCUGAUCCGCGCCGCUGUCAUCAUUCCGCUGCUCCGCUGCGCUCCGGUUCACCGUCCGGACGGAGAAGGAUCCCGAGAAAUUAACUCACAUUAUAAAGGAUGUCUCGGGAGCAGCAGGCAGUGGCUCGGGCCAGGAAAGCCUUUGAAACUGGCAGGUCCAAACCUUUAGAGUACCGGAUCUGCCAGCUGAAGAACCUGCAGCGGUUGUUCACUGAGAGGCAGAAAGAGAUCGUAGAUGCCAUUAAGAAAGAUCUUAAUAAGAGCGAGCAGGGGGCUCAGCUGUACGAGACUCUGGGCCUGGAGGGGGAGAUCGGUCUGGCCCUCAGGAAGCUGAAGGAGUGGGCAGCGCCUCGGUCCGUGGAGAAGAACCUGCUGACCCUCUCGGACACCGUCUACAUCCAGCCGGAACCGCUGGGCGUCGUGCUGAUCAUCGGGGCCUGGAACUACCCCUGGGCCGUUACCAUCCAGCCGCUCGUCGGCGCCAUCGCUGCAGGUAAUGCAGCUGUGGUGAAGCCGUCGGAGGUCUGUGUUCACACUGCGAAAGUCAUGGAGGACCUGCUGCCACUUUACAUCGACAAAGAGCUUUAUCCUGUAGUAACCGGAGGAGUAACAGAGACCCAGGAGCUGCUCCGUCAGAGGUUCGAUCACAUUUUCUACACCGGCAACAGCACAGUGGGCAAAAUAAUCAUGGAGGCUGCUGCCAAAAACCUGACACCGGUGACUCUGGAGCUCGGCGGGAAGAGUCCCUGCUACAUCGACAAGAACUGUGACAUCAGCAUAGCCUGCAGACGUGUCACCUGGGGAAAGUACACCAACUGUGGUCAGACCUGCAUCGCCCCAGACUACAUCCUAUGUGAGCCCAGCAUCCAGGACCGAGUCAUCGAGGAAGUCAAGAAGUCCAUUAAGGAGUUCUACACAGACAACCCAAAGACCUGCCCUGACUACGGACGCAUCAUCAACCAGCACCACUUCAAAAGGGUCAUGAAGUUGCUGAGCGACAGCACCAUCGCUGCAGGAGGACAAAAUGAUGAGUCAGACUGCUACAUCGCUCCCACAGUUCUGCGGGACGUGAAGCCAGAAGCGAAUGUGAUGCAGGAGGAGAUAUUUGGACCCGUGCUUCCCAUCCUGACAGUCAGUGGCCUGGACGAAGCCAUCAAGUUCAUCAAUAAGAGAGAGAAACCUCUGGCCCUCUAUGUCUUCUCACCAGACGAAAAGUUAAUAAAUAAAGUGAGAGAUGAGACUUCCAGUGGAGGAAUGGUGGCCAACGACUGUCUCGUACACUUUUCUAUCAGCUCUCUGCCUUUCGGAGGAGUGGGAAACAGCGGUAUGGGCAGCUACCAUGGCAAGUUCAGCUUUGACCAGCUGAGCCACAUGCGUAGUUGUCUCAUCAAACAGCUGAAGAUGGAGGGAGUCAACAGCAUGCGCUACCCGCCUCACACAGCCAAGAAACUGGGCUGGGCGCGUUUCUUCAUCCUGAAGACCGUCGACUUCGGCUGGAUGAAGAAGAUGUUGGUCUUUGCUAUGCUGGCUGUGGUGGCUGCUGUUGUGAUUCAGAAUUAUCUCUCUUGAAGACACCCUGCUGCCUCCCACACAGCACAUCUGCCUUCUCCUCUGCUCAAUUAGAGAAGGAAAGAUGCAUUCCAACACAUCACAUCUUCAAGUUUCUGCAUGAAUCAAACCAGUGUCUGCAAUUUCAAUCUGCACUGAGACGGGGAAUGUUUCAGGUGUUGCCUUAAUUCACAUUACAUUUCAAUAGCGGUGUGAGAAGUUUCAUGGAGCUCACGGUAGGGAGCAACUUAUUUUCAUGAAGGAAAUUAUUUAUUCUCAUGUAUGGCUCUUACAUUUGUAUUCAGCAUCACUACAUUUCAUUUUAUCCUGGUAGAUCAGGUUUUCAUCCUGAAAUACUUAAAUAGAGAAAAGUGAUUUUUAAUGAAGUAGGAUUCCUGGUUAUUUCACUUUAAUUGUAGCAUUUAUUGUUCAUGUGAAGGCCCAGAAAGAUGAAAUUUAAUAAUAUUCCGUUUUAGUGAAGGAUCAGCUUUUAAUUUCAACCUGAAGGUACUUGAUUGUUUCUGCCCAGUGCAGGUUUUUUCAGUUCUUUCUGGCUGAUGGCAGAGAUGAAGACAAUAUGUCAGAAAGUUUAUCAACCUUUGAGGUGACUUCAACUCACAGAAUCACCUAAAGAAUGUUUUUUAUUUUCUUAAAACACCUGAAACAAACUUAAGCAACCAUAUAAAUUAUUUUUUAAUCAACAGCUGCAGUUUUUAAAUGUGAUUUACGACACCGUUAAAAUUUUAACUUGAUUGUAAUUGAUAAUCUAUUUUAACAUUAAAAUAAACAGAUUUAUACAUGUA